AUGAAUCCGAAUUUGCUUCCGCCGCCCCUGGCGACAAGUGCCAUCGACCUGCUGCAGGAGAUGCUCCUCGAGCGCAAGUGUGACGCCGACGCGGCCCGCUUUCGCAACACCGGAAACCGACUCUAUCUGGACGGGAAGUAUGGGGAAGCUUUGGUGUGGUACAACCGGAACAUCUGCUUCACGGAGAAGGAGACGGACCAGCUGGCCACGGGAUACGGGAAUCGGUCGGCGGUUUACUUCGAGCAGGGCGAACAGCAGAUUGCCGCUGGCCGUUCGAAGGUUCCAAGUCCGCGGAUGGUUAUUAAUGUGGACAUCAAGCCCUCCUGGCCAAGGGAAUAAGGUUUGAUCACCGGCGAAUCCUGGUCGCCGAAUAGGACUUUAAUCCGGGGACGUGAUUAUGUGCGGAACCGCUGCUGACGGUGAUUGACUUCAAGCUGUGCUACGAAAACUGGGGAGUCAAGUUCAGCAAC